AUGGAAACUUGGAGAGAACUCCAUGGUCUCAUCUUUUCCAGCGCACUACUGCUGCUGCUGCUCGCACAACCACCGGUCUUAGUCGUUUCAGCCACUCCUCCCUUUGCAUGCGAUCCUGCAAACCCAUCGACGCGAAACUACGGAUUCUGUCAGACGACGCUGCCCAUCGACAAGAGGGCGACUGAUCUCAUUUCACGCUUGACCUUGGAGGAGAAGAUACAACAACUGGGUCAUAUAGCUCCGGCAAUCCCCCGUCUCGGCUUGCCGAACUACAAAUGGUGGUCGGAGGCAUUGCACGGUGUGUCCAACUGGGGACGUGGUAUUCGAUUCAACGGCACCAUUACGGCUGCUACCAGCUUCCCCCAAGUUAUAGUUAGCGCAGCAUCCUUCAACCCCGACCUGUGGUAUCGUAUCGGACAGGCUAUCGGGGUGGAGGCUCGAGCGAUCUACAACGUGGGACAGGCGGAAGGAUUAACGUUUUGGUCGCCAAACGUGAAUAUAUUCAGAGAUCCUAGGUGGGGCAGAGGCCAGGAGACUCCCGGUGAGGAUCCCGUGACGGCAAGCAAGUACGCCGUCGCCUUUGUGAGAGGACUACAGGGCGAUUCCCCCACAGGGGAGAGGAAGUCUGAGCAGCUGAUGACUUCAGCUUGCUGCAAACACUACACAGCCUAUGAUUUGGAUAAUUGGAAAAGGCAUAGUCGCUACACCUACAAUGCUGUGGUAACAGCUCAGGACAUGGAAGAUACUUAUCAGCCUCCUUUCAAAAGCUGCGUCCAAGAAGGUCGAGUCACUUGUGUCAUGUGCUCAUACAAUCGCGUCAACGGAGUACCCACCUGUGCUGAUUUCAAUCUUCUGACCCUGCAAGCCAGGAACUCGUGGGGCCUCGACGGAUACAUUGCUUCGGACUGUGGUGCAGUUGACCUCAUUUCUGGUGCUAUUCACUACGCCAAAUCGCCUGAAGAGGCAGUUGCUGAUGUUCUCAAAUCUGGAAUGGAUCUAGAUUGCAGUGACUUUGUGCAGAAACAUGCUGGAUCUGCUGUCCAACAAGGAAUUCUAUCCCAAGGCGACAUAGACAGAGCCCUAUUCAACAUCCUCUCCUUGAGAAUAAGACUUGGACAUUUCAAUGGAAAUCCACUACAGCUGCCUGCCGGGAACAUCCCUCCUAGCCAAGUGUGCUCAAAGGAACACCAUGACUUGGCUCUCGAAGCAGCCAAAGCCGGCAUCGUUCUCUUAAAGAACGCAGCCAAUUUGCUUCCCCUGGCGAGAUCCAAGGUUGCAUCUCUUGGUGUGAUUGGCCCAAGCGCUAACAACGGGUACCUACUUAUAGGCAAUUACAACGGGCCUCCUUGCACAGGUAGCACCCCACUUGGGGAACUGCGGAACUACGUCAACGAUACCCGAUUCGUACAAGGGUGUAACAAGGUCGCUUGCGAUGCUGCUACGAUCAAUGAAGUUAUCCUGUUGGCGAGAUCAGUGGACCAAGUCGUCCUGUUCAUGGGGUUGGAUCAAGAUCAUGAGAGAGAGGGUCUUGACAGGAUCGAUCUGGUUCUCCCAGGAUUGCAGCGGAGUGUCAUAACCAAGGCUGCAAAAUACGCAAAAAGGCCCGUCAUCCUGGUGCUGCUCACUGGUGGUCCGGUGGACAUUACGUUCGCCAAGAACGACCCCAGAAUAGGAGCCAUCUUGUGGGCAGGUUACCCUGGUGAAGCAGGUGCAUUAGCGAUCGCACAGGUCCUCUUCGGAGAGCACAAUCCAGGGGGAAAAUUGCCUGUCACUUGGUACCCACAGGAGUUCACGAGUGUGCCGAUGACUGACAUGAGGAUGAGGGCCGAUCCCGCCACAGGCUAUCCAGGACGCAGCUACAGAUUCUACACCGGCAAGCCUGUCUAUGAGUUUGGAUAUGGCAUCAGCUUCACCAGUUAUUCAUAUGAAUUCGAAGCCGAAGCUGUAACUUCGAUCUACCUGAACAGCUCACUAACUCCCCGGACUACAGCAAACUCACACAUUCUCAGUUAUGAUAUCGCAAGCUUGGGCUCCGACACAUGCGGGAACCUAAAAUUCUCUGCUACGGUCGGUGUCAAGAACCAGGGUUCCAUGGCCGGAAAGCAUCCGGUGCUACUCUUCUCUCGCUGGUCAUCCUCGGAACAUGGUAGGCCAAUAAAGCAGCUGGUCGGUUUCCAGAGCGUGCACCUGGAGGCUGGAGAGAGCACCAAAGUGGUGUUUCCUCUCAGCCCCUGCGAGCACCUCAGCCGAGCCACAGAUGAUGGCACAAGGGUGUUGGACAAAGGAUCUCACUACCUCGUCGUCGGGCAAAAGGAGCAUGAAAUCAGAAUCAUCUCCUGA